AAAAUACAAAAAGUAAACACAAUUUUUUAACAAAGAAAUAAAAUCCUAAAAAACAUCAUUGUACCAACAAAAAAGAACAAAUUGGACUCACACUGAACUCAAUCUGGCCGGAAAACGCAACCGGAGUUCAACAUCUGCGAUCACAAACUCGUCAGGAAACUGAUUCACUUUUGAAUCAAUGGAAGCAAAAUUUUUCCGCUUUCUUAAGAUAGUUGGUGUUGGAUACAAAGCUAGAGCUGAAUCUGCAGGCCGUUUAUUGUAUCUCAAAUUAGGUUACAGUCAUGAGGUUGAAUUAUCUGCUCCACCUGCUGUCCGUGUUUUCUGUUUCAAAAACAAUGUCAUUUGUUGUACCGGAAUUGACAAGCAAAGGGUGCAUCAGUUUGCCGCUACCGUUCGCAAUUGUAAGCCGCCUGAAGUUUACAAAGGUAAGGGUAUAAUGUAUACUGAUGAAGUUAUCAAGAAAAAACAAGGAAAGAAGUCUAAAUGAUUGUAUUAUUUUAGUCGAUUUCGUCGUCAAGUUUAUGACUUAGGUGCACAUUGGCUAGAUUUUGCAGAUUUUUUAUCUGUCUAGUCUUUGGAAAAUUUGAGUGUUAGAAGUAUUAAACUGAGAAUGGAUAAUCUAGUUUCAAAUAGCAGCAUUUUUGUUUUUUUUUUGCUUCAAUGUGAUUGAUUGAUUGAUUGAUACGUAUCAUUUAGAGUUUAUCUUUGUUGAGAUAUUUUAUCUAUUUAAUAAGAUAAGAUCAUUAUAUGAUUAUGACACAAUUUUUUGGCUACUUUAGAAUUUCUGAUGGUUGUAACCAUUCUGUUUUUGUUCCAUUCUACUGAGAGUUGAAAUAUUAUUACAUGUAAUAGACAAA